AUGGACGAAGCUCUUCCGUCCAUACAGACGACGGGCGUCGGAUCCCGUUUCGUCUCGCAGUCCGAGCUCGAAACCGCCAAGGCCAAGCGCGACGAGCAGUGGAAGGCCGCCUACGCCAGACUGGGCCAAGAGCCUCCGCCGCAGCCCGCAGACGAUGCAUUUGACGGCAGGAGCCUUGCGGAGCAUGGGGCUUAUGCAUUUCAGGCAGCCAAACAAGAGGAGUGGGAGGAGCGCAAUAAGCUAGGGAACCAGUUCCGUGCGCUUGAAGAAGAUGAAGUGCUGUUCCUCGACUCUGUACUCGAGAAACAGAGAGAGGAGGAGCGUCUCCGGAAGGAGAUGGACGGCGAGGAGCUCAAACACUUUCGGGAAGCGGUCGCCGCCCGAGAAAGUGCAACAAACAAACCACCUCCCGUAGGCGCGGCCGUGGCCCCGAGCACUGCAAAGCCGAACGCCGCUCCCGUGAAAAAGGAUGCGAAGAAGGCCCUGAAGGGCGUCCUGGUCAAGAAAAAAUCGAAAUCUGCUGCGCCCAGUGCAUCUGCCGCUCCGGAAGGUCAAACGACCGAGGAAAAGAAGAGCAAAGCCGGUGAAAAGGCCGAGGGGGACGAGCGCGAAGCCAAACGGCGAAAAGUAGCUGAUAGCUGA